UGUGUUGAGACUCGAGAGUCUCCCUCGAGUGUCUGUUCUCAUGGUCAGGCCCUGACACAUGUGCACUCGAUGACGCCGCAAUGGACUUUCUCUUUGGGCGCAAGACCGGCGGCAAGGGACGACGGCCCGCCAGCCUCAAGCGGCCGUCGCUAUCUGACCCCCCCAACGUCUACUACAGCGCUGCUCCUCCGCCGCCUGCGCUCCCCAACCGCCCCGCGACAUCGACCGGUAGCACCAUAGCGUUGUACUCUCAUAUGCCCGGUGAGAGUCCGUAUACGAACCCCGUUGCCGCAUACACCCAGCAACAGUUCCCUCCCUGGUCGGCCAAUGGGUAUGAUCCGUCAUCAUGGGCGGGAUCAGCUCCAGCUCCAGCUCCAGCCCACUACCAAUGGCCCGUCGGUGAGAGCCAGGAGUAUUACAACAACACGGCUGCAUAUCCUGGGCCCCCACAAGAAGCGCAUCAUGGCAGUGUGCAGAACCUGUCUGCUCAUCCUCACCAGCACCCUGGCACCUGGGCAACAUCCAUGGUCCAUCUUCCUGUUCCAAGUUCCAGCGGCCCGCCUACCUCUCAGCAGAACGACAUGGGUAGCCGCUUUGACGACCUGAUGACGCUGAUAGACCGCGAGGGGUACGCCGGCGAUGAGACGGAUCUGUUUCUCCUGCAGCAACCGCAGCCUUCGCCGGGGAAUCCUGAUUCGGGGACGUCCGAUCGGCCCAGGUCAAGUCGUCGUACCUCCCCUCAUGGCCACGCCCAGAGACCGAACAGCCGCCGCGGCGGGGAGAGGCGCCUCGACACGUCCGACGUCGCCGCCACCGUCCUCUCAGGCACCUACUUCUCCAAGGUUGAUCUCUACGCCAACUCCCGUCUUCCGCUGGAUCUCCCGCCGUUUGCUGUAUACAUGCCGACCUGGCCGCUCCUCUGCCUCGCCGCGCGCCACUCACAGCGCGUCUACUCCAAGCCCCGCGGCCCCGACCGGCUCACCCAUAUCCCAGCCGACUGGCUGUCCGGCACCAAGGCCAUGACCGUCAGCUCCGUGCCCGCAGACCACGCCGGCGCCGUCGUCCUCGCCAUCCGCGGUUCCGCUUCCUUCGCCGACUGGGCCGUCAACCUGCGCGUCGAUCCCGCCCCGCUCGCUGGCUUCCUCGACGACGACGACGACGACUGCGGUGGCAACGCCUGUCACGCCGGUUUCCUCUCCGCCGCGCGCAGCAUGGUCCGGCCCGUGGCUCGCCGCCUGCGCCGCCUCCUCGACGAGGACCCCUGCCGCGCCGCCUACAGCCUCAUCCUCACCGGCCACUCGGCCGGCGGCGCCGUCGCCGCGCUCCUGUACAUGCACAUGAUCGCCCGCUCCGCCAGCGCGCAGAGCGAUCUCACCGCCCUCGCCAGCACGUUCAAGCGCGUCCACUGCGUCACGUUUGGCGCCCCGCCCGUCGCCCUGCUGCCGCUGCGCAAGCCUGACCGUGCCGACCUGCGCAAGAGCCUGUUCCUGAGCUUUGUCAACGAGGGCGACCCCGUCGCGCGUGCCGACAAGGAGUACGUCAAGAGCCUCCUCGAGCUGCUCGCCCGGCCGCCGCCGCCAGGCUUCGCAGCGCCACAGCGAGGAGCGCAGCAGCGAGGCUCUAGUGAAUGGCCAGGCAGCAGAAGGCACGCCAAGGCAGCGUCCUCGGCCGCGGCGGCGCCCCUGUGGCCUGUGCCGCCUGUGACGCUCUGCAAUGCAGGACGUCUCGUCGUGCUGCGCAGCGGCAGCCCGCGCAGCCCGCCGACGGACCGCAAGACGGUCAAAGAACGCCUCGCCGAGGGCGUCGUGGCCGCAAAGUGCACGCCUGAGCAAUUAGGCCGCGUCAUCUGGGGGGAUCCAGUUUGCCACCUCAUGAGUUUGUAUGCAGCGCGAAUUGAGGUUCUGGCCGUUGGUGCGGUCACGGCCAAGCGUCGAUAAUGUGCUUGCAGUCGCUGUUGUUGGCUGAUCGCGGUGAAACGAUUGUUUAUUGGGCAUCGGCGGGCGUCCGAACGCAUGACGAGAAUACGAAGAUACCCAUAGUGUGAAUACAUAAAGUAUUCAGUACCGCUUGAUUUAAAUAUAAUCUUAAGCUGUUUGUGUUACUAACGAUACGUAAGGGUGGCCGAGAACAUUG